AUGAAGUUUCAUUCGACAAUCAAAGAAUUCAUCCUUAAUGAUGCUUCGAAUUUCCUUUCCUUAAUUUUUUUAGUCAUCUUAACUUACGUAUUACAAUUCUAUUUUCGAUACUUUACGAGAAAAGAUAAAAUUCCUGGUCCAAUACCAUUUCCAUUGAUAGGAAACAUCGAAACAUAUCGUCCGAAUGCAUCGCAAUGGGCAAUCGAAUUGCGCAAAACAUAUGGCGAUAUUUUCGAAGUAUAUUCGGGUGGAUUGUUUUCUUUAAGCAGACAAAUUUGGAUUUCGAAUGCGAAUCUUACACAUAAAUUACUUAAUCCUUCACUUACACAAAAUAAUUUUCCUUAUCGUACGACCGAAAAUGAAGGAUUAGAUAGAAUGGAUAUGACGAACAGAGGAAUUAUAUUUAAUAGAAAUGUUAAAGCUUGGCAAUACAAUAGAAAAAUUGUGUCGCGAGCGUUGAUGUCUCCAAAAUUUUUAAAGAAAGCUAUAAAGAAUACCGAAGAAUUAUUUUGUGAGAUGGAAAAAUAUUGGGAAAAAAUCGGAUACCCAAAUAAAUUGAACUUGGCAAGUUGGAUGAUGAGAUUUAUGACUGAUUCCGUUUUUAUCCUAAUUACACAUACAAAAUCUUAUGCUUUAUUUAAUUAUUUUAACACUUUAAAUAUUUCGAAUGAUGAUGAAAAAGUAUGUACAAAUGACCUUGAGGAUGUUUUAAAAGAGUCGGAAAAACUUGUAAAUUAUAUUAGAUUGCAUUUUGUUGCUUGCAUUUUCUUUAAAGAUACCCCAAAAUUAUUAAGGAAAAUUCUUCCGGGUAAUAGAAAGAAAUCCAAGGAAUUAUUGGAAGCCGUUGCUUGGUUAAAUAAUAAAGUGUUAGAAUUAAUUAGAGAAAGGAAAAGAGUAAUUGAAAAUGCUAAAUCAGAUAAAGAAUUAAGUGCCGACAUGUUAACUUUACUUUUAACGAUUAACACAAAUCGGGAUUCAAAAACAACUGAAGAGGAUGCCAUGCCGAUGAGCGAAGUCGACGUUCGAGAGAACGUUUAUGAGAUCCUUGGAGGUGGAAUUGACACGACAGCAAACACGUUUUGUUAUGUGGUUUAUUAUCUUACCCAUUAUCCUGAAGUAAAACGGAAAAUGUUGCAAGAAAUUGAAAAUGUCUUUGGAAAAGAUAUGAAUCACGAACUUACAUAUGAAUCCGUCAACAGGCUGAAUUACUGCGAAGCAAUCAUUAAAGAAGGUCGUUGA